GACAGACUCCUAGUCCCCUGGCAACAUGAGGCUGUAUCUGGUCAGACGCGACUGGUGCAACUAUUUAGCCAACGGGAGCACGCCAUCUCAUGGGUUCACGGGGUACCUUAACACUUCCCAAAGUGACUACUCUUAUGUCCUGAACGAGUGGGACCCUACAAGGUUGACCGGAUACUCCUCCGUGGCUCUCGGCCACCCGGUCAGCAACAACCACACUGCUCUCGCAGAGCUCCUUGGUCAAGACAUGAACUCGGUUGACCCGGAAAAGGACAAUACGCUGGGUGUCCUCACGUCGCACAAGCACUCCCGGGGCGGAGUGCCAUUCAUCCCGAGCAAUUACAUUCACGCAUUUCUGGCCGAGGAGAGAAGGUUCCCCCUGACUCUCCAACUCAACACUUUAGCAACCAAGAUAAUCUUUGACAACUUGGGCUGCAGCAGCAAGAAGACAUCCUGAGCCAUCGGGUUAGACGUGUGUUAUCAGGGCGGACGACAACCACAUAGCGGUCUUGGAAUUUCAGUUCCGCAUCCGGGACGUCGAUGGUCUUCGUGUUGUGGACGGAUCCGUGUUCCCCGCUCAGCCCGGAGAGGUCCCGAGCUUGGCGACGUUUACGAUUAACGAGAAGAAGGCUUUGGAUGCCGUCUCUCAAACCUCUUUACCUCUUUCUAAGAGGCGGGAUUACAACUGUGAUUAUCUUUUGUAGACUAGGUGUGACCGAGCGAUGCCGCCUUCAUUGGACUAUCUAGAUCACCCCAACCUUUAUUGGUUCCACAAAGCCUCGUUCGAGUAAAAUUGGUCUCAAGCUUACUUGAUACGGAUCGCGCUGGAAUGGACUAGAUUCAUUGACGAAAGAGAGGAUUUAACAUAGCUAACAAGCUUAGGGUGCUGACUACUGCUCCACCCUCUUGAAAGAUUGCUUGUGAGUCACAAUGCCUUGGCUCAGACCAACAGGUUCUCUAGAAUACCACGAAGGACAUCUGGCUGGGAGUGGAAGCUCAGUUCACAACAUAUCUGCUCGAGCGGAGUUCAAUGGUGUGCUAAUCGCAAUGCCAUGACACCCCAGUUAAGUUUCAGCGGCAUCAACAAAUGUUCCUGGCCGAGCACCAGGGUUAAUGUCGAACACGGUGCCUGACAGCAACGAUAUGCCCAAUACCUGGAGCCACGACAAGAUCAGCAUCCUCAGCCCAAGAUGACAACACUCCCACACUGUGAUCAAGCUAGACGACCAAAUCCAAAAGCAUGACGUUCUCGACAUCCUGUACUCACGCAACUCCUGAUAUUACUCAACAUCUCGACCACCUCUCAGUUCCAGGACCAUCCAUCCACCCCAACCCCUUCAACUAUCCAACGUUGCUGCCCAAGCCCUUGGAACCAAAAGAGUCACCAGAGGUGAUUGUUACGCAGCUUGCCUUCUCGACUGAGCAAGGUUGACAGACGUGCGUGCUGGUGAGCUGGCGGAAAAAGCGGGGUCUGGAAUGCAGGUCCCGGGGUUGUGCAGCCUAGAGGAAUGGAGUCGGUGAAGAGAGGGGUAUCGGUCGAUUUCCUCCCGUCUUGGUCCUCCAUUCGUUUCCAAUUGAGCCGCGAGAGUUCGAAUAAUCGGGCUGGCUGGUCCCCUGUGCCUGAGUAGUAAGUGAUGUGGCAGUAUCGAUCAUGCAAGAAGUCGUGCUACUCUGCAAC